AUGAGAGGCACGAACCAGUCGAGGGUCUCCGAGUUCCUCCUCCUGGGUCUCUCCCGGCAGCCCCGACAGCAGCAGCUCCUCUUCCUGCUUUUCCUCACCAUGUACCUGGCCACCGUCCUCGGGAACCUGCUCAUCCUCCUGGCCGUCGGCACAGACUCCCGCCUGCGCACGCCCAUGUACUUCUUCCUCUGCCACCUGUCCUUUGUGGACAUCUGCUUCUCCUCCACCACCGUGCCCAAGGUGCUGGCCAGUCACAUUCUCAAGAGCCAGGCCAUCUCCUUCUCCGGCUGUCUCACGCAGCUGUUUUUUCUCUGUGUCUUUCCUACAAUGGACAAUUUCCUCCUGGCCGCGAUGGCCUAUGACCGCUUUGUGGCCAUAUGUCACCCCUUGCAUUACACAACAAAGAUGACCCAUCAGCUCUGCGCCCUGCUGGUGGGGGGAUCGUGGGUUGUUGCCACUUUGAAUUCUCUUUUGCACACUCUGCUGAUGGCUCGACUCUCCUUCUGUGCAGACAAUGUCAUCCCGCACUUCUUCUGCGAAGUGACUCCCCUCCUGAAACUCUCCUGCUCAGACACACACCUCAACCAGUUCAUGAUUCUUUAUGUAGCAGGACUGAUAAUGAUGGCCCCAUUCGUUUGCGUCCUGGUCUCCUAUGUCUUUAUUGCUUGUGCUGUCCUGAGGGUGUCGACCGCGAGGGGAAGGUGGAAAGCCUUCUCCACCUGCGGCUCCCACCUGGCUGUGGUCUGUCUCUUCUACGGCACCAUCAUCUCUCUGUACUUCAGCCCGUCCUCCGCGCACUCCACUGGGCAGGACAUGGCAGCCGCGGUGAUGUACACAGUGGUGACGCCCAUGCUGAACCCUUUCAUCUACAGCCUGCGGAACAGGGACUUGAAAGACGCCCUGAGGAAAGUGCUCACCAUGAAGUUUGUAUCUGCUCAAUAA